AUGAGCCCGCCCGGCGAGGAAGCGGUUUUGAACCAUCUCCGAGGCCGGAGUUCAGAUGAAGAAGAAAGCCACGAAGAGGAAGCGGUCGACGUCUUGGGUAAAAGCGACCGGGGACGCCGGCCCCGUCCCAAGGAGCCCGGGAUCGGCGCUGCCGGGAGCAGCCAGGCCAGGGGAACAGCUGGGAGACAGGCUCCCGACGCGGCGGCUGCAGCGGCGCCGGCGACCGAGGGGCUGGCCAAGCCCCCUUAUUCGUACAUCGCGCUGAUCACCAUGGCUAUCUUGCAGAGCCCGCAGCAGCAGCUGCCGCUGAGCGGAAUCUGCGCCUUCAUCCGCGGGCGCUUCGCCUACUAUCGCGAGCGCUUCCCUGCCUGGCAGAACUCCAUCCGCCACAACCUCUCGCUCAACGACUGCUUCGUCAAGGUGCCCCGCGAGCCCGGCAGCCCGGGCAAAGGCCACUACUGGCGCCUCCACCCGGCCUCGCAGGACAUGUUCCACAACGGCAGCUUCCUCCGGCGCAGGAAGCGCUUCAAGCGACCCUUGCUGUCCGCGCCCUCCACUUCGCCCUCUGCCGCCGGGAUCCUGCUCUUCCCGCCUCCGCCUGGCCCUCUGUUGCCUCCAGCGGCCGGGUCUCUGCCCGCCUGCGCCUCGGCGCUGCCGGAGAGAAAAGAGGGGGCGACACGGUGGUCUUUGCAAGCGGGGAAGGGGCCCCAGCGUGCCGGGAAUGAAGGAAAGCGGCCCCUGGGAGAGAUCAGCCUGCAGGGCGCCGGCAGUAGCAGGUGCUCCUUCAGCAUCGAGAGCAUCAUUAUGGGCCCGAGGGUGGCGCCUGCCGUGGUGCAGCUGAGCGCUUGGAUCCCGCCGCCGCCCGCCGCCACGUGUAGCCGCAGCCCGGCUCUGCUGUCCCACCCGGAGCGCCUCGUGGCCUCGUGGAGGACCUUGCUGAGCUCCAGCACCAGUCAGAGUCCCGCACCGCUGUUCGCGGGUCACCCCGAGUUGGUCCUCGGCGUAGGGAGCCUCUCUCCUGCCUUCUAG